AUGGCAGCUUCACAAGAAUUAACCAACGAAGAAUUAACAAAUGAGGUCAGCAAAAUUAUCAGAAAAGAAUUCAAAUCGCUUCACACGUUUCGACAAGCUCAUAGCGUUGUUUGGGACUUUAUCAGAAGACAUGACGGAUUGGAACAGAGGCUUAGAAACGAAGCACAGGCGAAAGCUGAAAGAUUAGAAUUGAGACGACAAAAAGAAGAAUACAAGAAGCGACGCCGUGAAGGAACACUUUUUCGAAGGCCCCAGAACCCUGACGGCUCCGAAGUGCAGCCAGAAGAAGAAGAGGAGAGUGAAUCUGACGAGGAAGAAUCCGAUGAUGAUGACGUUGAAGACGAGGAAGAGGUGUCGGAGAAUGAGGAAGAGAAUGCGGAAUUUGCGGAUGAUGAUACUGUAGUCUAUACAGUAAGAUUUGUGAGAAGAGAGAUGAGAAAAUUGGCCGAGAAUGUUAUGAGAAGGGAGAAUAACAGAGAGACGCGGAUUUGGAAGUUUUAUGAUAUUUACAAGGCACUAUACUUCCGAAGAAUCAACCCAAUAAUCAUGGAACACUUGAACACUUCGGUCACCUAUCUCAAACUUAUGUGCAGCGUCGAAUACAUGGUAGUAACGUUCAGAUCCACUGAAAAUCGUACUGGACCAAGAUCAACAGAUCCAAUCAUCAAAAUCAGAUAUGAUAAGUCACAAAACACUACUCAAAUCUCAAGCGGAGGAUUUCAAAAAGUGUUGGCAAAUAUCAUGGAUUGCGAAACGGAUGCAGCGAGAGAUUUGUGUUUUUUAUUGUGCGAAACGGCGUUCAACAUUGGAUGUUUGUUCAUUGACAUUGAAACAAUCGACAUGUGUAGUAGACUGGAGCUUGUGGGACUUGACGCCUUCUUGGAUUUGUUUGAGAAGACUCUGAGAGAUUAUCAUUUGACUUUGAGAGUUGUGGAAUUGAGAAUAAAGCUUUUCGGAUUCGAUCGCUCCUUGAUCCACGACACGACUUGCUUGCUAUCAGUGUUCAAGUGUCUGAAUCCAGGAGUCCUUCGGAAGUUAACAAUAGAAACGGUGAAUCACAGAGAAUUUCGAAUCCGCUGCGAUUCGAUCUCUUCGAAAUAUAUUGUCAAUGAGCCGAACUAUCAGAAUCCUGGAGAAUUUUCACUUAUGCGACCCGCACUGGAAACUGGGCACUGGAGAAGACUGACUAUGCUGGAUACGAAGAAUGCGAAGAUGACACUUGGGUGGGACACUUUAUUUCACUUGGCUUUUAUUGGAAUUACGAAGCUGACGAUUGGUACGAUUUAUGACAUUAUUGCGACAUUCACUGAUCACCUUCCACGCCAACACGAUGAAGUCGUAAUCGAAGUGAAGGAGCCAUUCGAAAUGUUAACAUUCAUCCAGACGGCCUGCAGUCAUAUAUUAUAUAUUCCCCUUCGAGUGGUUGAACCAGAAAUCCCACCUGAAUACAAUUUUCUCUACUUCCGCACAUUGUAUUUUCCGGUCCUUGGCAUGGCGGUCAAACCACACGAAAUCCAUCUUGCUCUUGUUUAUCCGAGAAAUCGAAAGCCAGAAGUGUUCACGAAUGUUCCAGUGGAGCAGUUGAGAUGUAGACGGCAAUGGUUGCAGCAAGCUAGACAAAUGUUGUUAGGUGCUCCUGGAGCUUCGAAAAAUCGAGAAGAAUUCGACGAAACUGUGAUUUAUACACUGGAUUAUGUGAAAGGAGCCAUGACGAAAAUGGCUGAAAAUCCAAUCAAAAGAGCUUGGAAUUUCGAUCAAGUUUGUAUAGCUCUCUAUAUCCGAAGAAUAUUCCCAGAUCUCGCGGAAAAUCCAGAAAAUCCAGUCACAUUUCUUAAGAUCACUUUCAGCUAUGAUUAUAUAGAUGUAAGAUUUGAAAGUGAAAAUAACCCCAGAAUUAAAAUUCGAUAUGAUAAGUCAACUGGAAUGACCCGGAUCUCGAGCAGAGAAAGUUCUGGAAAUAUGUACGAAUUUGGAGACCUAUGCAGCUCGGGAUUUGUGUUUUCUUUUGAACGAAACGAAUUUGAAAUCGAAAACGCAAUAUUUCUGAUUUUCGCCUCGUUCGAGCUACUUUCGUAA